CAACCAGGUGUCCCGGCUCCCAGCGCCCCUGCUCCAACCACCAGGCCCCGCUGUCCCCGCGCAGCUGGGAAGGAACCCAGACCUCCUCCUCCUCCCCCCUCCCCACGGCCAGAGGGGAGUCCCCACCUCCUCCGCGCGUGACGUCAGACGCACGCCGGCGUGCGCGGCCCGGACCCGGAAGCGGCCCGACGCUGGGCGCCGCCAUAUUGGCGGGUCUGGGCGCCGCCAUAUUGUUCCCGCUCCCUCGGCGGCGCCCGGUGUCGGCGGAGCGCGGGGCCCGGCCCGGCCGGCGGCGGCAGCAUGUCCGAGACCUACGACUUCCUCUUCAAGUUCCUGGUGAUCGGGAGCGCCGGCACGGGGAAGUCCUGUCUCCUCCACCAGUUCAUCGAGAACAAGUUCAAGCAGGACUCCAACCACACCAUCGGCGUGGAGUUCGGCUCCAAGGUGGUUAACGUCGGGGGCAAGACGGUGAAGCUGCAGAUCUGGGACACGGCCGGGCAGGAGCGCUUUAGGUCGGUGACCCGGAGCUACUACCGCGGGGCAGCCGGGGCCUUGCUAGUCUACGACAUCACCAGCCGGGAGACCUACAACGCACUGACCAACUGGCUGACGGACGCCCGGACCCUCGCCAGCCCCAACAUUGUCAUCAUCCUCUGCGGGAACAAGAAGGACCUGGAUGCCGACCGGGAAGUCACCUUCCUCGAGGCCUCGCGCUUCGCCCAGGAGAACGAGCUGAUGUUCCUGGAGACGAGCGCGCUGACGGGUGAGAACGUGGAGGAAGCCUUCCUCAAAUGCGCCCGCACCAUCCUCAACAAGAUCGAGUCAGGACCACGUGCCUCGCUCGCUGAGCCCUCGCCCCCAUCCCGGUCUCUGCACCGCCUGCCUCCGUCCGUGGUGCCCUGGGCCUCUGAGCUUUCCUUUGCAGUAGACGCUCCCCGUUCCAUGGACCGGCUGCGCCCCACACCCCCAGAGCUCCAGCAUCUCCCUGGCCCCGGCAUUGCUUGCGUUGGCCUGGCCAGAGCAGCGCCCUCUUCUGCCAGCUAUGGUUUGGUGUGCAGCUCCUGGCACGCGCGGGGAUGGGAUGGGUCCCCUUUGCGGUUCUGGACAGCACUGGUGUGGUGUCCCCCUCACUGCCAGGACCCCGGCUCAGCUCGCCUUGAUGGCUUUGGCCCUGGGCUGGGAGUGAGCUGAGGCCAGUGCUGCCCUGUCCAUGUCUCUUUCUCCCCCACCCCCUGGCACUAACGGGUCCUGCCCCCCUCCCGACGAGGUGACGUUCUGCUGUAACCGACCGUCAGGAGCCUGUGUCCCCCUCACUGUACUGUAGGGGCCUGCCCCCCUGCCCCCACCCCAGCAGCUGCUAGGGCUCCAGCUGCCCAGCUUCACCCCGUCUUCUCCCCUCCAGCAGGGUCCAACACAUGCCUCAGGGGCAGAUUUGCACCCACCUCUGCCUCAGUUCCCCCCCCUCCCAGGUGCAGCAGGUGGACCCCCUGCCCCCAGCAUGUGAUGCUCUUGCCCCAGGGGCCCUGGUACUGGCUGCCUGUGGCGGGGGGGUCUGCAUAGCAGGGCUGGUGAUGGGCUAAGCCCCCCUCCUCUUUCCCUUUCCAGGCCAGGAGGGACUGAGGGCCCCUUUGCUUUCCCCUUUCCCACCUAGUGGAUCCCCAUAGGUUCCCCCCCAUCCCCCUACAUGGGUCCAGCACCCCCCAGCCGGCAAUGCCCGUGUCCACAGGCUUCUCCAUCCUUCCCCCCUGCCAGUUCUGUAUUAUUUAUUACCUCCUCCCCCCCCCCCCGCUGGAGCCUGCCGGGGGCAUGGGGCCACCUGGGGUCCCUGGAGGUGGGUUCAGGUUCUUCUGCAAGGAGAGAGGCAUCACUCGGGCCCCAGCUGUGAACUGUGACUCUCAUCAAUAAAGUAUUGGUGUUUUCCC